AUGCAAGAAUCAUGGAAUGAGUUGGUUGAACCCGCAGCGCACACCGAUGGUGUGGGACAAUCAAAGUCGGACGCCUUUGGAGCCUUCGAAGGCCCCAUUGAUUUAGCGUUCGUCAAUCUCAUUCGGGCCCAAGCCACGACGCUGUGGACUACCGACGCGUUGGCGCGCUCGACAGGCAUACAACGGUGCGGCUCGUGGAUUUUCCCACUCGACCAGCAGCAGCUCAGCAGCGGCGCGUCAACGCCGAGUGCACGCGCCUUGGCUUCAGGCGCUUCGACGGCCCUACAGACGCGCUCUCUCUCUCGUUCAACAGAGGCGGUUGCGCAGCACUUCUCGCUGCACUCGCGCGCCGUGUCCGUUGCGCCUGCAGGGACCCGCACUCAGAUUGGCUUAAAACCCAACCCCUCCAACGCCGUGUCAGCCUCGGACCCUCUUCUUUCUUUCCUCUCCUCCAKCCGUCAAGCCUUUCAACGCUACAUCCCAACCUUCCCACCUCAACUCAACCAACCCUCUUACUUCGUCAACAUGCCCCCCAAGCCCGCCGAGAAGAAGCCCUCCUCCACCGCCGGCAAGGCCCCCGCCUCGUCCGCUGGCAAGGCCCCCUCCGAGGCCGCCAAGAAGACCUCCAAGGCUCCCGCCAAGUCUGGCGAGAAGAAGAAGGCCACCAAGGUCCGCAAGGAGACCUACUCGACCUACAUCUACCGUGUCCUUAAGCAGGUCCACCCCGACACCGGUAUCUCGAACAAGGCCAUGGCCAUUCUCAACUCGUUCGUCCAGGACAUCUUCGAGCGCAUCGCCACCGAGGCCUCCAAGCUCGCUUCGUACAACAAGAAGUCGACCAUCUCGUCGCGAGAGAUCCAGACCGCUGUUCGCCUCAUCCUUCCCGGUGAGCUGUCCAAGCACGCCAUCUCCGAAGGCACCAAGUCGGUCACCAAGUUCUCGUCCUCCAAGUAA